UCUCACAACUGCUGUGACUCCUACAUGAAAAUCACAUAUUAUUAUAACCCAUUGAUGCUGAAAACUCCUUAUCGGAGAACAAAAGAAAGAUUUCUCGCCCCACCAGGCAAAAAAAUUGAUCGACGAGCAGCUACGUGAGAAUGGCAAUUACCAUUCUGCCGCCCUCCAUGCCGGAGGAGGAAUACAGCUCUUCAGAAGAUGAAUCAAGAGACUCCGAAGGCGAUGUUGACAUGUCUGGUGGCAAUGCGCGACCUGCAAAACGUCUCCGUCUCUCUAAGGGCGGAAUAGUCACACCGGGAGAAGUUGUGACAGAUGAUCCUCAAUGGAUGAGAGGCCACGGCACCUUCACCCGUCCGGCACACAACCCCUUCCACAUCACCACCCCCUCAACCUCCACUAGCACAUCAAACACAAUCAUAGCCACCGUCGCCGGCACCGUUCAAAAAACCAACAAACUCCUCUCUGUCCAACCACUGCGAGCCCGCUACACGCCCGAAAUCGGCGACCUAGUCAUCGGCCGCAUCGUCGAAGUGCAAUCGCGGCGGUGGAAAGUUGACGUCGCAGCACCCUUACUCGCCCAACUACCGCUAUCCGCCAUAAACCUUCCCGGCGGUAUCCUGCGCAAGCGCACGACGGCUGAUGAGCUGCAGAUCCGCUCGUUUUUCAACGAGGGCGAUUUGCUGGUCGCGGAGGUGCAGGCGGUCCAUCAGGAUGGGGCUGCGUCGUUACAUACCCGCUCGUUGAAAUAUGGCAAGUUGCGCAAUGGGGUGUUUUUGGCCGUCGGUGGUAUGAGUGCGGCGGGUGGUGUGGUUAGGGGGAGUGGGGUUGUUAGGUCCCGGAGACAGGUGUGGACGUUCCCGGCGUCGCACGGUGCUGGGGAAAUUGAUGUUGUACUGGGGGUUAAUGGGUAUAUUUGGAUUUCGAAACAUGUUGGUGAUGGGGCUGUGGGUGGUGCCGCUGGUGGAGAUGUGUCAAUUACGCGCUUGGAGGAGAUGGUCAGUAGUGCCAUAUACUCGAGUCAGAAUGAUGAAAUUGGAUUGGCCACGAGGAGGGAGAUUGCACGGCUAUGCGGGUGCAUUCGGGUGCUUGUGGAGGGUGGAGUUAAGGUUGAUGAAGACACGGUUAUGAAGGCGUAUCGUGCGAGUUUGGAAAUUGAAUUGGAAGUAGGGGAUGAAGAGGAAGAUGGAGAGGGGAGGGAGGGCAGAGAUUAUCUGGGCGGUGAGAAGGCGAAGAGAGUUGUUAAUGCGGCGUUAGGGAGGUAAUCAUAGGAUACGACUUGGUAAUAAAUGAGAUCUACUAAUCUGAUCCAAAACGGAGAUCCAAGCCUAUCUAUCCUUUAAGCGUUAAUUUUGUAUUGCUCCCUCGUACACAGUAUUUAUACUAUCUAUCUACUUCAAAAAUAAAAAAGUAAAACAACAGGAGUUUAAAUAACUAGUCUCUCAGGAAAAAAACUAGUACAUAGGGUGUAUCAACAACUAGAAAUUCUACAGAGUCAUGGACAACUAGCGCGCUUCUUGAACCGCCCAAACAAACCC